UCUAACAUAACAGGUACAUCCAACUAUCACAUCAAGGACACUUGGUCUUUUGUAAACAAAAUCAGGAAAACACCAAUCCCUCCUGAACACCUGUUAGUAUCCUUAGAUGUCAAAUCACUGUUUACCAACAUUCCAACCAAUUUAGCAAUAUCUAUAAUCAGUAAAAACUGGCCCAACUUGAAAUCUCACACCAACAUAAAUAAAAAAGAAUUCCUCGCAGCCACUAAACUUUGUUUAGAUUCAUGCUAUUUCGCUUACAAAGAUAAAUUCUACCAACAAAUUUUUGGCGUAGCAAUGGGCUCACCAAUUAGCCCAGUAGUAGCGAAUUUAGUACUUGAACAUUUUGAAAAAAAAAUCAUUUCACAUCUUCCUUUUAGCCUCCCUUUUUACUAUCGAUACGUAGACGAUAUUAUAACGUGUGUCAAGAAGGAAAACCUACAACUCCUUCUGACUAAGUUUAACAAUUUUCACCCACGUAUACAGUUCACCUUUGAGUUGGAAAAAGAUGGUAAAAUCAGUUUUCUUGACACUAUGGUUAUUAACCAUAAUGACACUAUAAUUUUAGAUUGGCAUCACAAACCAACCUGGUCUGGGAGAUACAUUCACUUUAAUUCAUAUCGUCCCAUUAAACAUAAAAAAUCUGUCGCCAUAUCCUUAUUCGAUCGCUGCCUUAGAAUCUCAAACCCUCAAUUUCUUAAAAAAAAUUUAAAACUUGUCGAAACAACUCUCAUAUCUAAUGGCUACCCUUUAAAAUUCAUUAAUGAUAUCAAAAAGUAUAGAGUGGAUAAAAUGUACAACUCGAUUGAUUGGAAUUUAGACUCCAACAAUCAAACUAAUGUUAAGGACAAAUUUAAAAACUCUAUCUCUAUACCGUACAUUGAAAAUCUGUCUAGCCAAAUCAAAAGAAUUCUGAAUGACGAGGGUAUUGAAAUUACUUUUAGAAUAUCUAAUACUACCAAACUUUCUCUGUUUUCUCAUCUUAAAUCUGUAACUCCUAAUUUAGAGAAAAUUAACUGUGUAUACAAAAUACCAUGUCGAGACUGUAGCAAGAGUUAUAUUGGACAAACGUCACAACAUCUAAAAAAUAGAAUUUCUGGCCAUCGCUCUAAUAUUAAAUGCCAUGUCACUGAUAGAUGCGCUUUAGCAGAACACUCCUUAAGUCUGGGGCACAAUUUCGAUUUCAACAACUCUAUAACCCUAGCUACAGAACCGAACUGGUAUAAACGUAUCAUUAAGGAAAUGAUUCAUAUCUUUAAGAACAAAAGGAACUCUGUUAACAAACGUACUGAUAUUGAACAUCUUAGCCACUUACACUCUAACAUUCUCUAGUUUUCAUAAUCUAGUUUUCAAAUUUUGGCGUCAUUUGCUCCGAUUGGUCAUCUGCCUUUAAUAUCCAUGACAUUCGAACAUAGAUCAAUAUCACACGUGAUCAACAUAGAUUUACGGAUCGAUUCCCGCUAACCUUCACUUCCGUCCGAAAUGCUGAACUAUUAGCAACACCUAAGCAUGUACUGGUCGUCAAUUUUUAAAUUUUUCCUGAGGAUGGUCGGCAGGGCCCGGCCGAAACGUCGAUUAUUAUGU